AACGGCGAAGCAUGUACCUAAUAGUUUGAUGGAUCAUCUCAUUACUUCUUAAAAAUGGUUUAGAUUUAAAGCUGUUUUUUCCUUCAUUUUGUAGCAUUAGGUAGGUAGGUAUUAGGUAAUACUUGGACGUUCACAUUUUUCAUCGGUCUUUUAAUCGCAUAUCGAGGUACAGAUUACAGAUUAUUUUUUUUAAAAUCAUUUUAAUAAUUUUGAUCAGUUUUUUAUUAUUCUUCUUAUCUACAAUGAUCAAGAAGAAAAUGCUACUUUGGUUUUUCAAGUAUCUUUAAUUUCUGUUGGUUAUCAAGUUGGUAUAAAUGUUUCAAUAUUUACUCCACUCUAUAUUUGUUGGUGCAGAUUAGUAUGUAGAUAUGUACCUCUGCUUCUACUGUAUGUACGCGUAUAGGUACAGGUACAACAAUGAUCAAAAGAGUAAUAGUUUUGUUUGUAUUUAGCUUAAUAAUAGAUUAUUGCGAAGGAGAUGAUAGCAAUCUUGCUGAUGUGUUUGACGCAAGGGUAUCAAACUUUCCUGAACACCUUCGUCCCGAAUUGAAUAAGCUUAAACAAGAAAUGGUGGCAUUGGUGGCAAGGGUUAGAACUUUACUAGCACAAAAAAGAAAAGCUAAACGAAGAUUAAGAAGAUUGAGAGAACACGAAUGUUAUCAGGUGGAAUUGGAAUAUGGUGGAUUCCAAUGCGCGAUUAGUGACGGAAGAAGAUCACAACUUCGGUUUUUUACUGACGUCAAAAAAUUUGUGACCAGUCCUCUGUUUCUUAGGAAGGAAUAUUUUAAAGAACUAUAUGCAAAGGGUCAUGAUGAUUUUUUCAAGCGGAUCGUCAAACGUUUAACUCAAUUUCCGGAAGGAGGAAACGACUUUAAAAAGGCUGUGUCAAACGCGCAGAACAUUUGGCGAUUCAUAUCCUUUAAAAAAUCAUCCAUUGCCCGGAAUAUUAGGUCACUUUUGAACGACGAAUCCUACGAUUUGCAUGUGGUGGCGUUUUCCGCGACCCUUGAAGGGUCUUACCACUUGUUCAACCGUUACAUGCACCCAAGGCCAAACGACAGAACUAACGUGGAAACCUCGGCUGUUCGAGAGUACUGUGCGGCAAGGAUUGCUCAUAUUCCGGUAUCAUUCCGCGAGUUUUUAUUGAUUCAUCGUAAUCACUGGAACUACACUCCUGAGGACUUCUAUUAUCUUAACGUACUACGCAGGUGCCUAGAUCCUGCUGAUCCGUUACUCAGUAAAGUCGAUCUAACUAACGAAUACAACCAAACUUUCAUAAUGCCUCAACUUGACCCCAGGUAUGGCUGUCCUUACCCAGUAUGGAGUUUAUAAUUGACUUUUCAUCCUACUUCUUUUUCAACGUUAUUUUGUGACUAUUUAUUCAUUUAUUUAUUUAUUUAUUUAUUUAUUUAUUUAUUCGCCCAGUGUUUAUUUAUUGCCACUCUAAUUUUUUAUUUA